CAACUAUGUGAUGUGUUUUUUCCACACACGGACCCUGUCUCCUCUCUCUGCUGUCCCCCUCUCCUCAAUGCGCAGCUGCCUCUCGCAGACAAACCGCAUUUGUUGGGCGAAGUUACUUUUCUUAAAUUAGUUCACUUAGAAGUUUACUUUUCUCCUGAUUCCUCGGACAUGACCACCAUGGCAACUCCGGCUGCUCCGGCUCUGCUCCCCGCCGCCACACUCGGGCACCACCCGGCGCCGAGUUCCGUCUCUCCGGCCACCAACUCUCCGCCACCUGCGGCCACCUCCGCCGCCUCCUCCCCGGCUCCUCCGGUGGCGCACCCGGCGCUGCUGCACCAGUUCAGGGCGGACCUCGUACUACCGAACGGGACCCCGUUGAAACCCGGAGGAGCUCCGGUGUCCGGCAGCGCCAGCAAGCCCGUGUACGCCACCCCGUCGCCCGUGGAGAGCACGCCGCAGAACAACGAGUGCAAACUGGUGGAGGUGAAAGGUGCCAAGCUGGCGUCGUUCACGGUGAAAGACACGGAGCUCAUCUGCCUGCCCCAGGCUUUCGACGUGUUUCUCAAGCACCUGGUCGGCGGGCUGCAUACCGUCUACACCAAGCUGAAGCGGCUGGACAUUGCCCCGGUGGUGUGCAACGUGGAGCAGGUGCGGGUGCUGCGGGGGCUCGGGGCCAUCCAGCCCGGGGUGAACCGGUGCAAACUCAUCUCCAGGCAGGACUUCGAGACGCUCUACAACGACUGUACCAACGCAAGUUCGAGGCCAGGACGACCGCCCAAGAGGCUGCAGAGUGUGACAGAGGGCGGGACUCACCACAUGCUGUCCCACAGCGGUCUGAUGCACGCUGGGAUCAUGCCUCCUGCAGAUCUGUCUGCCCUGGCCAAGAAGAUCAAGCUGGAGGCGAUGGCUGGUUACCACAGCAACCAGCAACAUGGUGGGCCAAACGGAGAGAACGGGGACCACAACCAUGGACUGGUUCUGGAUCAGUUGCCCUUCAUGAUGAUGUCACAUCCUCUGAUCCCUGCCAGUCUGGCGCCGGCCUCGGUUUCCAUGGCGAUGGGCCAGAUGAACCGACUGAGCACGCUGGCCAGCAUGGCCAACGUGGCGCAGCUCCACGCCAAGCCCCCCGCCAGGGCUCCCACCUCCGUCAUUAAGGAGCGAGUGCGUGACAGCCCCUCCCCUUCUCCCUCACUGGAGGAAGCUCAGAUGUCAUCCAAUCACAGCAGCAGUGUGUCAAGCUCCCCGUCUCACACAGAACGCACUGCGGAAAACACACACCCACAUGAUGACGGCCUGUCAUCAAGUCACAAUGUGCUGGGGCACUCACCUGGUGUGGUGCACGGGGCCAGAGAGACAGAUGUGACCUCAGUGGAUUACAGCAAGGAGAACAAGAGGGGCCACAGCGACAGAGAUAGCAGCUCCAUGGCCACUCAGACAACCAGGGAGAGCUGUGAUAGACAAGUCUACCACAAACCCCCGUCAGGCUGCGAGAGGGUAUCUUACCCCGCGGGACAGAAGCUCCCAGCAGGUCUCCACCACACUCCCUUCAUCUUCCCGGAAGGCUUGUCCUCCAUAGAGACCCUGCUCACGAACAUCCAGCAGGGUCUGCUGAGGGUCGCCAUAGAGAACGCCCGGGCGCAGGAGAAGCAGGACCAGAUGGAGAGGACGGAGCUGAAGAUGGAGCUGGUCCGAGAGAGGGAGCUCAGAGAGACUUUGGAGAGACAGCUCAGCAUGGAGCAGAAAAACAGAGUUCUGAUCCAGAAGCGCCUGAAGAAGGAAAAGAGGAGUAAGAGGAGACUACAGGAGGCCUUGGAGGAGGAGGUCAAACUGCGCGAUCAGGCCGAGCACACCCUGCUGCACACCACCAACACACACACAGGCCAUCAAUCAUCGGCGGCCCCUCCUCACACAGAAUCCGUGACCCAGGACGUGGAUGGGAGCAGUCACGAUGACAACAGGCUGGACACCAAGGCGACAGUACAAGAGGGCCGAGUGUUCCUGCAGACCACUGGGAUGUACUGAAGACCAGACGGAAGGAUGAAUGGACGGACGAAUGGAAGAACAGAGUGACGACGAUUCCUCAUUUACGAGAGAUACAAUUGACAGGCAUGCUCGGUCGCGCGGUUGCAUCUGAGAUACACAUCUCCGCCUCCUCGAGAGGACUCCCCCUCCACCUCAAGGGUGACAUUUGAACUUUCCCAUCGCUCUCUCGUUUAAUUUAUUGCAUUUAUCACAGAAUCUCGGCCGUAGUGGGAACAGUACUUUAUUCCGAUGAUGUGUUUGACUGUGUUUCUUUCAAUCAAGGUUUUUUAGAUCCUAGAUGAAGAUGACCAUAGUUGUUUUUUUGUCAGUGCUGUUUAUCUGGACACAAGUGAUGAAUAUAACUUGUAACAGAGUUGUGUACAUAUAUAUAGUCAUCAUUUUUUUGUUAUUAUUAUUAUCACAAAAACAUAAUGGCAUGUUGUACAGUCAGUACAUGACCUGUAUUGUGUAUGUUAUGCAGUAGUGCAGUUUGACAAUACAAACAAUACAAAUCCUUUUUAUUAAA